GGACAGCCCUUCCUGCCCUGCUACCGCAGCCCUGCUCCAUCCGGUACCUGGUCACGCACUACCUGGACAUCUCCUGUGUGCCACGGCGUUCCUUCUUCCAGCUCCUGUCCUGCUUCUCCACCAGUGAGCUGGAGAGGGAGAAGCUGCAGGAGUUCAGCUCUGCCCAGGGCCAGGAGGAGCUGUACAGCUACUGCAACCGGCCCCGCAGGACCACGCUGGAGGUCAUGUGGGAUUUCCCUCACACCACGUGUGCCAUUCCACCCGACUACCUGCUGGACCUCAUCCCGCGCAUCAGACCCCGCGCCUUCUCCAUUGCUUCCUCCAUGCUGAUCCUCAUGGCAGUGGUGCGGUACAAGACGCGGCUCAGCAAACCCCGCCGUGGCCUCUGCUCUACCUGGUUGGCUUCUCUCAACCCAGAUCAAGGUGAUGUCUGGGUGCCUCUUUGGGUGAAGAAGGGGGGCCUGAAGUUCCCAUCUGAGCCCGACACCCCUGUCAUCAUGAUCGGCCCUGGCACAGGGGUGGCACCUUUCCGAGCAGCAAUACAGGAGCGAGUGGCACAGGGACAGAGAGGGAACUGCUUGUUCUUUGGCUGCCGCCAGAAAUCCAAGGACUUCUACUGCCAGGCAGAGUGGGAGGAGCUGGUGGCAAAGGGCUUCUUGACCCUCUUCACGGCCUUCUCCAGGGACCAGGGGGAUCUGCUGAGCAGCAGGAAUGCUCAUGUCUACCUGGCUGGGAAUGCAAAGCAGAUGCCAGCGGCAGUGGCCGAAGCCCUGCAGUCGGUGCUGCAGCUGGAAGGUGGCCUGUCGCCCUCCGAAGCAGAGGAGUAUUUAGCAGCUCUGGAACGGUCCCAGCGCUUCCAGUCUGAAACCUGGUCAUAAGCCUGGCUCCCAGCCUCCCUCUUCCCAUAAACUGUGCCUGAAUAAAGGAGACA